AUGGGGUCAGACGCUAUGAUUACUGCAAUUUUAGCAAAACUGUUUGCUGCUCUUUUCAGGUUGAUAAAAGUACUGUUAUUCCCAUUUUACUUUGUAUUCAUAUGGCUAUUUAAAAAGCCAUUAGAUGCACUGGAUAAAAGGUAUAGAUUUAGAGAAGAUUUUUACAUAAUUCCAUUUUUUUUGAAACAAGUGUUUUUAUAUUUUAUAAAAGUUAAACGCAAUAGGUUUCAAAAUUGGUACUUAUUUGAAGAUCAAGUUAAACAUUCAGGACAUAUUCCUUGCAUUACAUACCCACGUCCUACCUCUGUGAAAGGUGAGUUCAAAAUUGAAACGUUUUCAUACAGUGAAACCUACGACAUUGUCCUAAGAUUAUCCUAUAUUCUUCAUUAUGAUUACGGCGUGGAGGUUGGUCAAACAAUUGGUUUAGAUUGUACAAACAAACCUCUGUUUAUCUUUUUAUGGCUAGCUUGUUGGAAUAUUGGUGCUGUGCCAGCAUUCUUAAAUUAUAAUACGAAAGGUAACCCAUUGGUACACUCUAUCAAAAUUGCUAAUAUUGAUUCCGUCUUUAUUGAUCCAGAUGCAAGUGGUCCAAUUAGUCAAUCUGAAGAAGAAAUUAAAAAUGCAUUGCCUAAUGUCAAGUUGAACUACUUAGAUGAACUCGAUUUGAUGAAACAGAUUACAAAUCCAAUCAACCCAAUUUUCUUACAACAAGCAAACGUAAGAUCACCAGCUCAUUUAGCUGAUUUUAAUCCAGCAAUGUUGAUUUAUACGUCAGGCACCACAGGUUUACCUAAAGCUGCAAUUUUAUCGUGGAGAAAAGCAAAUAUUGGCUGUCUACUAUUUGGUCAUGUAUUACAUAUGGAUACAAGUAGUGUUGUGUUUACAGCAAUGCCACUUUUCCAUUCAACAGCAGCACUACUAGGCGUUUGCGCAGUUUUAUCAAAAGGUGGUUGUAUUGCGUUAUCGAAUAAAUUUUCUGCUACUACAUUUUGGAAACAAGCUUAUUUAACCCAUGCCACCCAUAUUCAAUAUGUUGGUGAAAUAUGUAGAUACUUACUGCACACUCCAGUAUCAGACUAUGAAAAUAUGCAUUGUGUUAAAUAUGCUUAUGGUAACGGGUUAAGACCAGAUAUCUGGCAACAAUUCAGAAAAAGAUUCAAUAUUGAAACCAUUGGAGAAUUUUAUGCUGCUACUGAAGCACCUUUUGCAACUACGACUUUACAAAGAGGCGAAUUUGGCAUAGGUGCUUGUAGAAGUUAUGGUGCUAUUAUUAAUUGGUUUUUAGCUUUUCAACAAACUUUGAUUAGAAUGGACCCAGAUGAUGAAAACCAAAUUUAUCGUAAUGCAAAAGGCUUUUGUGAAAAUCCAAAAGUUGGGGAACCUGGUGAAAUGCUAAUGAGAAUUUUUUUCCCUAGGAAACCAGAAACUUCUUUCCAAGGUUACUUGGGGAAUAAAAAAGAAACUGAAUCUAAAGUCCUGCGUGACGUAUUUAGAAAGGGUGAUGCAUGGUACAGAUGUGGUGAUUUACUACGUGCAGAUGAGUAUGGGCAAUGGUACUUCCUUGAUAGAUUAGGAGACACAUUCAGAUGGAAAUCAGAAAAUGUAUCUACAACAGAGGUUGAAGAUCAAAUUAUAUCUUCUAAUGAAAAAUUAUUUGCUCAAUCAGUAGUUGUUGGUAUAAGAGUACCGGGUUAUGAAGGUAGAGCAGGUUUUGCUUUAAUAAGAUUAAUUGAUUGCGAUGAGAGCACAUUAACAAAUGACCAAAAGUUAGAAAUUUUAAACACCAUGUUAAAACAUCUAGAAAAAUCUUUACCAAAAUAUGCUUUACCAAUUUUUGUUAAAUUUGUAAAUGAGUUUAACAUGACAGAUACCAACAAAAUUCGUAAGAAACUUUAUAGAGAUCAAAUCUUACCACAUGGUAGCAACAAUAUGGAAACUCUUUACUGGUUAAAGAAUUACAAGGAGUAUACAGUACUUACCACAGAAGAUUGGAGGGCGAUUGAAGUUCAGUCUUUGCAAUUGUAA